AUGGGUUCCGUUGUUCUUCCCCAUCUCAACACUGGCUGGCACGUCGACCAGGCCAUUCUCUCCGAGGAGGACCGCCUCGUCGUCAUCCGCUUCGGCAGAGACUGGGACCCAGACUGCAUGCGCCAGGACGAAGUCCUCUACAAGAUCGCCGACAAGGUCCGCAACUUUGCCGUCAUCUACCUGUGCGACAUCGACCAGGUGCCCGACUUUAACCAGAUGUACGAGCUCUACGACCCGUGCUCCCUCAUGUUCUUCUUCCGCAACAAGCACAUGAUGAUCGACUUGGGCACCGGUGACAACAACAAGAUCAAGUGGGUGCUGGAGGACAAGCAGGAGCUCAUCGACAUCUUUGAGACUGUCUACCGAGGAGCCAAGAAGGGACGCGGUCUCGUCGUGAGCCCCAAGGACUACUCCACCCGACACCGCUACUAG